UAAAUUCUGCAACCACCUAAAUAAUUGAACUUAAAGGAAGAGAUGACGAAAUCCUAUAGAAUCCAAGAUUUUUUUUUUAAAUGAUUUUUUUAUUUGAUUUUUAAGAUGAUUUAAUAGAGACAAUAAUGCUAUCGAUUCAAAAUGGAAUUUCAAGAUCUUUUGAAAAAAGAUUUAAUUAUAGAAUAAAAAGGAUUGAGACCGCUUUUUCUAGUUUACUAAUUCGACUUAAGGGUCAGUUGACGGUUUUGUGAGCUUAUUUUGAAUUUAUUUUGACAACCUUAUCAUUUAAUUUUUUAUUGGUCUCGUGAGGAAAUGAAGUCAUUGUUGUGCUAAAGGCACAGUAGUAACUGUUGUACCUCAAUUUGAGGUAUAUUAUGAACUUAUUUUUAUAAUUUGAACCGUUCAUUUUGUAAAUUUUAUUGAGUACUUCAUAUGUACCAAAAAUCAUAUUAAUCAGAUAUCAAUAAUUAUAUGAUCAAUAACCAAAAAAAUAAAAAAUAAGUUUUUCUUUUGAGAAUAGCAUAAAAAAUAUGUCAUUCGAUCAUAUAGUUAUUGAUAUCCGGUUAAUAUGAUUUUUGGUAUGCAUGAAAUAAUCAACAAGUCCUACAAAAUGAACAGUUCGGAUCAUAAAAAUAAAUCCAUAAUACAUUUUAAAUUGAUACAUAACAGUCACUGUUGUGUCAAAAGCACAGCAGUGACCCUAUGUCCGUCUUGUGAAUAGAUCAUUUAUAUAUAUAUAAUAAAUUGAUUAGAUAUAAGUAAUUACAUGUUUGAUCACAUUUGACUCAACAAAAUAGAUAAUUAAAAAUUAAAAAAAAUUAUUUUUUGAACACAAAUGUGAUCAAAACAUGUAAUUACUAAUAUUUGAUCAAUUUAAUUUUUUACAUGAAUAAUUUAAUUAGAAAGCUCUAAGACUAAUGUUUGAAUGAUGAGAAUUUUAAAAGAAAUUGAGAAUGUUAUUACCAAUAAUAGAAUUCAUAUGUCAUUGUUACUCAAGCGUUUGAUUUCGCUAAGAAUCCUUAAUAAUAAUAUAAAAAUGAUAAAAUUUUAGAUAUUGUAGUCCCAAUUAUUAAUUUUUACUCUUAGAAAAACAAUGUAAGAUUCUCAUCGUAAAGUGGGAGAAUCAUAUUCUGACUCAGCUUUUGUAAUUUAAUUAUUGCUCAAAUAUACAAUAAGAAAUCACUUCUCUAUUCCAAUUUACUCCAAACCCUGUAAUUAAGGGGAUCCGAAAACACAUUCUCAAUCUCUUCAGAAAUUUUAUUAUUUAAACAUAACUUAAAUAUUAAACAGAUCAAAUAAUUGAAACAGGCUCACAAGAUGCUCAAUAAGACCAUAUUCAAGGGAGUAAGCCCCCUCUACACACAAAAAAUAAUAAUAAUAAUAAUAAACAAAAAUUUGAAAAAUAAUCAGAAUAUUAAGUGACAGGAUCAUGUGAGUUCAUUCUUUGAUACCUUUUAGUACUAUUUUUUUCUUACACCCUUGUUCCCUAACUUUACUGGGAGGGAAGGUUGUCCCCCUCCUCAAUGUAGCUGGAGUUUGUUGAGCUAACUGAUCAUGGACCAAACAGAUGUAUAAACAGAAAGCUCAUGGACCAAACAGAUCAUCACUCUCUCCCUAAUAACUAACAUGGUGGAGAGUAAUAAACAGCCACUUCUCUCUCCCAAACACUCAAACACUUGUAUCUCUUCUUCUUCUUCUCCUCCUCCUCCUCCUCCUCCUUCCUCCUCCAUCAAUGGCGAUGAAGAAGGAGACAUUAAGCCAAUUGGCAAUAUCAAAGAUUUCAUCAGAGAAUUCUCAGCUGAGUCGAAAAAGCAGUUGUACUUGGCAGGCCCGGCCACCUUCAUUGCCUUGUGCAAUUGCACUCUCUUGACUAUUACUGAAGUCUUCGCAGGCCAUAUUGGAACAACUGAACUUGCUGCUAUGUCUGUUCAAAUUUCUGUCAUAAGCGGAUUCACUUCUGGCAUCUUGUUGGGCAUGGGGAGUGCACUAGAGACCCUUUGUGGGCAAGCAUUUGGAGCUGGGCAACUAAACAUGCUUGGGAUCUAUGUCCAGAGAUCAUGGAUCAUCCUCAUCACCACAACCCUAAUCCUCAUGUUUCUCUACAUUUUUGCCACUCCGAUUCUGAUCUUCAUCGGCCAAACUCCUGAGAUAUCAAAGGCAGUUGGGGCAUUCACGGUGUGGAUGAUUCCCCAGCCAUUCGGUCAAGCGAUCAACUGCCCGCUCACCAAAUUUAUGCAAAUGCAGAGUAAGAUGAUGGAAAUGGCCGUCAUAAUUGGGGCGACAACUGUUUUUCAUGCUUCCUUUUGCUGGCUCUUGAUGCUGAAGCUGGAGAUGGGAUUGAUUGGUGCAGCCAUUGUCGUAAAUUGUUCUUCGUGGUUUCUAACUAUAGCUCAGUUGAUGUAUGUUUUCAGUGGAUCUUGUGGUCGAGCUUGGUCUGGAUUUUCAUGGAAGGUUUUCCAUCAUCUAUGUGGAUAUAUUAGGUUAACCCUACAAUCAGCUGCAAUGCCUUGCUUACAAAGCUGGUAUGCUACAGUGGUUGUAUUGUUUGCUGGAUAUAUGAAAAAUGCUGAACUUUCAGUGGAUGCUAUGUCCAUAAGCAUGAACGUAUGUAAUAUGACAUCCGUGGUAGCCGUGGGAUUCUGUACCUCCAUAAGCAUAAGGGUGUCCAAUGAACUAGGGGCAGCACACGGUCACAAGGCAAACUUCUCGGUGGUGGUGGGUGCAAUAUAUUCAUCUCUGCUCGGUCUUGCUAUGGCUCUCAUUCUGAUGAUCACCCGGAAUCAAUACCCAGACUUGUUCUCAGACAGUGAACAAGUUAAACAGCUUGUAUCUGAGCUCACUCCACUGAUUGGAGUGAACAUUGUCAUAAGCAGUGUCCAAGCUAGUCUCUCUGGGGCAGCCAUUGGAGCAGGAUGGCAAGCAUAUGUUGCAUAUGUGAACUUAGGGUGCUACUACUUGUUUGGUGUUCCGCUGGGACUUGUUUUGGCUUACGACUUUAACAUGGAUGUCAUAGGAAUAUGGUACGGAAUGGUAUCAGGAUUAUGCCUACAAACAUGCUUCCUACUCUGGAUGAUUUACAGAACCAACUGGAAUAAAGAGGCAUUCAUUGUGGGAGACAGGAUAAAAGAAUGGCGACGGAAAAUUGGUACCAAAGAGAAUGAUGAAGAAAGUAAGAAGUAAGAUCAGGAGGUGCACGGAAAUAAGUCUACAAUUUUGAGGAAAUUUAACUAUAUGAGUUCUCCAUAUAUUGUCGCUCUAAUUCUAAGAAAGAACGUCACAAUGCCUAUCAACCACCUAGCUCAAUAGGUAGAAAUGACUCUGUGUGUUUGCGCACACACUUGUCUUUGUUCCUUUUUCUUUCUAUUUGCACCAAAAAUUAAAUUCUUCAUCAAGACUCCACCAACAUUAACAUGGCAUAGGAGUCGAAGGAGUCACAGGCACAAUAGAAAUCACUCCAAAAUAAACCUCUGAAGAGAAUUUCAAAUAAAGCAUGAUAGAAAUUGUGUCAAUUCAUGUGAAUACAAUUUUUUUAUUUUUUUAUUUUUUUGCUUGUAAGAAAAAAAACACUUCACAUCGACUAGUUUUCUGAAUAAAAGAGUUCACUAUAAAUUUAGUGCAAACAGCAGACAGAAAAUGAGUGCACUACCUCCUAACAAGAAAUUUCAAGACUCCCAAUUGUGCAAGUAUUCAUUAAGAUUUACUAGAAUUUUCACUUUCAAAAGCAUAAGAAAACAAACGACAAAGAGACAGAUUGGUUUGAACACUUACCACCAACCAAUAUAUUAUGCAUCAUUUUACUUGCAGGAAAAAUAAAAAUAAAAAAUCAGUUCACAAACAAUAUCUUCAGUCUAACCCAUUGGUAAUGCAACACAAUUUGAAGUUGCGUAUGUUGACACUACUAAGUACAUAUGAAAGACAAUGAACAACACAAAUAAAAGUUCAAUGAUUAAUCACUCCGUAAAUUAGAUCCUAAUACGACAUGGAAAACAAUGGAUUGAAAGAUUGUCACUUUGCACAACUAAAUAAGCCCUGAUGACGUCAUGGAAUAGUUGUUAGGCUGAAAGAUCUGAACAAACCCACAUUGAGUUAGCAAACAAACCUCAACUCUAGUGCCAGUAUUUCAAACUUCAACACUCACACUGGAUUUCGACAUAAAAUUGUUACAAUUCAACCAUUUCCUCCGAUUUUUCUUUCUUUCUUUCUUUGUUGUGCACACAGUAUUACUGGUUCAUUAUCUUACUCAAAUCAAUUGACCCAUUUCAAAUAAAGACUAUUACAACUAAGAGCAUCUCCAAUCCUCAACAAAAUUUUCAUCAAAUUUGAACUUGAUGAAAACAUGGCUAAAGGUGUGCUCAACCAUUUCAUCAAGUCUGUAUCAAAUUAUUGGAUGAGCAAUUUUGUCGCAAAAUCAAUGAUGAACCAAAUGAUUCACAAAAUUUCCAAGAGUCAUAUUUUUACUCAAAUUAAUGAAAUUUUAAAAAGAGUAAGGAUUGGAGACCAUUUUCUUUCAUUAAAAAAAAAAGUAGUUAAAACAGAUCUAAGUUUAGAAUUUUUAAAAAGAUUUGAUUGAAAAAAAAAACACAAGUGAGCAUCUCCAAUCCUUCACCUUUUCUUUCAUCAAAAUUUGAUGAGAAGUGUUCAAAAAUCAUCUCCAAUCCUUCCAUCAAAAAUCGAUAAAAUCAAGGGAGAGUAUUUUUUUCAUCAAAUUGAGAACUCAUCAAAGCCUUCAAUGAAUAAAAUAUAGAAAAAUGAAGCAUUGGAGAAGAUUUUUUUCAUCAAAUUUGAUGAAACCACUGGGGAUAAAAAGGGGAUUUUUAAAAAUAUUUUGAUGAAAAUUUGAUGAACAGAUUGGAGUAGUUCAUAUCAAAUCAAAAUUUUUACUCAAAUUUGGAAUCAAAUUAGAUGAACAAAUUGGUGAAGGGUCGGAAAUGCUCUAAGGAUUGUAGCGUUCUAUAUCAGAUCAGAAAUUUAACCGAAUUUUCACCCAAAUUUCGAUGAAAAAGACUAGGGAUUGGAGAUGCUCUAACAGAUUAAGACUUUGCUUUCGCAAAUUGAAAGCCUGCAAUUCAUCAUCCAAUUACGCUAUACUAAAAUAAACUCAUAAAAAACCACAAUCAACAUCACCAAAAAAAAAUUUGAAACCAUAUCCAUAUUGCAUUGCAUAAUCAAAAUCGCAUCAAAUCCAAAUAGAUCCAACAUAAACCACAGUUAUUUCAAAAACAAAAUACUUCAAAUUCAAAAGCAAAACCAAACCUAAGCAGUAAGCACAACAGCACCACCAGCCUCCUUGAUCUUCUUCUCAGCAGUCUUCGAGACAAGCUUGGCCUUAACAACAAUCGGCUGAGAA